AUGGCGUGUCGAAGCUGCAAACGGCAUUUCAGCCAAAUGUCCCGACAAGCACAGGCAUUUUCCAUCAGCCCGACCGAAUCACAGAGCAUAAUCCUCAUUGCGCGACAUCUGACCCACCGCCAGGUCGCUCCCCAAAUCCAGCAGCGACGUCGCUUCGGCGCCACGCCAUAUCAGAAAGGUUGGGUGCCGCAGUCCGUUAAGGAUUUGGCGGGGAAGGCCCUGCAAUCGACAGCGCAGCCGUACCUUGUCCUCAGAACAACGGAGACCGUGUAUAAAGCAUGCGCCAGCGAGGCCGCCUACACGAUUGCGGAGACAGACAAGCGGAACGGAACGGUGCAGAAGACAGACGAGGGUGAGGAGAUUGGCAAGGGGGACACUAUGUGGCAUUCAGACUUCAACCUCCUCCCUACGUUUAGCACAUGGUCGCAAGUAACAAUGCUGCACAUGUACCUCAUACUAGCGCGGAUACGAAACCUAGAUCGCGACACGGCCAAGCAGUGGCAACAGCAGCUAGUCGACCACUUUUUCUUCGACGCCGAGGAGCGCAUGGACGUGGUGCACGGCAUCAGCUCGCGGGGUUUAAGACACAAAUACCUUAAGGACCUGUUCAUCCAGUGGCGGGGUCUCAUCGCCGCCUACGACGAGGGCAUCAUCAAGAGCGAUACCGUGCUGGCGGCCGCCGUGUGGAGGAACAUCUACAAGGCGCGUGAGGACGUCGAUGUGAGGUCGCUGGCGUCGAUUGUCAGCUGGAUGCGACUGUGUUUGAAGAUGCUAGAUCAGAUGCCUGAUGAGGCGCUGUUUACGAGGGCUCAGGCUGCGUUCAAGUGGCCGGCCAAGAAUGAACUCCAGGUGGUGGAUCAGCCCUGCCGGGAGCUGGCGGCGGUGCUUCCUAAGGAGAUCCCGCAGGAAUCAGUCCUUUUGAGCGAAGAGCCUGUGAUGCGGAAGCAGGCUGCGUAA